GCCGGCCGUUCAAAGAUGGAAGAGCACAAGACGAAUGGCCUCGGUGCGACGGCGAGCCCCCUCGGCGAGCCUCUUCUCACGGCCACGGGGAAACGAGCUGACCGCGACGCCGAGGCGCAGCUCCCUCCGUAUCGCAGCGCCGGCGCCUCCUUCUCCAGGACGUGCCUCAACCUCACCAACGCCGUCUCGGGCAUCGGGGUGCUCUCCAUGCCCUACGCGGUGUCGCGGGGCGGGUGGCUCAGCCUGGCACUCUUCGCCCUCGUCGGCGCCGUCUGCUACUACACCGGCACGCUCAUAGGGCGCUGCAUGCGCGCCGACGGCUCCGUCGCCACCUACCCGGACGUCGGCCAGCUGGCCUUCGGCGCCGCUGGCCGGAGAACCGUCGCCCUGUUCAUGUACGUGGAGCUCUACCUCGUCGCCAUCAGCUUCCUGGUCCUCGAGGGCGACAACCUCGACAAGCUCUUCCCCGGCGCCGGCGUGGAGCUGCCCGCCGGCUACUGGCUGCGCGGGAAGCAGCUCUUCAUCGUCCUGGCCGGCGCCGUCGUGCUGCCCACCACCUGGCUCAAGAACCUCGGCGUGCUCGCCUACGUGUCGGCGCUCGGGCUCGUCGCGUCCGCGGCCUUGACGGCGUCGCUUAUCUGGGCCGGCGUCUCUGAGUCCGGGUUCCGCGGGAGCGGCAACGUCCUCAACCUCGCCGGCCUGCCCACCUCUCUCGGCCUCUACUUCGUCUGCUUCACCGGCCAUGCCGUCUUUCCAACGAUAUACUCAUCCAUGAGGAACCGCGAGCGCUUCUCCCAAGUGCUGCUCUUCUCCUCGGUGCUCUGUAGCAUCAACUACGGGUUCACGGCGGUGCUGGGCUACCUCAUAUACGGAGACGACGUGCAGUCGCAGGUGACGCUCAACCUGCCAUCGGGGAGGCUCUACACCAAGAUCGCCAUCGUCAUGACUCUCAUCAACCCGCUGACCAAGUACGCGCUGCUCGUCGCGCCCAUCACGUCGGCGAUCGAGGAGAGGUUCUCGCUCGCGGGGAGUGGGUCGGCGAGGGUGGCCAUCAGCACCGCCGUUCUCGUCAGCACGGUCGCGGUGGCGUCCAUGGUGCCGUUCUUCGGGUUCCUCAUGUCCUUCAUCGGUUCCUUCCUCAGCGUCAUGGCCACAGUCUUCUUUCCCUGCCUCUGCUACCUCAACAUCUACAAAGCCAAAGGCCUUAGCCGUGUCGAGGUCGCCGCGAUCGUCGCCAUCCUGCUGCUCGGGGCGUUCGUUGCCAUCACUGGCACCUACACUUCUUUGUUGGACAUCAUAGGCACUUUCUAAUUAAGAGUGCUUGCUUCCUUUUAGCUGUGCUAGUAUUUACUCCCUCCGUCCCAAGGUUGAGACAUUUAUUUUGGGACGGAGGGAGUAGUACAAACAAAACAAGCCGAGUGAUCAUAAUGUACAUAAGAUAAAGUCGUGAGAGUCAUCCAUAAUUUUAAGAAUUCUGGGGCGGAAGCUGAUCCGCACUUUCCCUUCAUUUCCUCCCUCCCUAGCCCUCCGCGUCUCCCCUGCUCAGGCGACUCGGGCGGGGACGAAACCCUAGCCGCCGAGGCCUUCCCUUCCUUCCCUCCCUCCCUCCGCCACAACCGAAGGAUGCCGCCGGCCUAUAGCCCGGGGGGACCGACGGUGGUGGCGGGGGCCUCCCUCUCUCCCGUGCCAUGGGGAUGGUGCGGAGCCCCGCGGCAUGAGGAGGCGCGGUCGAUUUGGCCUUGGCGGCACGGCGGGCGUCCCUACCUUGUCCGGCGGUGUCGCGACGCUCGGCUCCGUCUCGGGCGACGAUGGCUGCGGGCGCGGCGGACGACCUUGCUUCAGG